CUUGUUGCGACAAAAUCGACCGAUCGUGGCAUGCAGCAGAGCCCGAGCGGCGGCAGUGUCGCGGAUGCACGACCGCCUGCAUUAGAAUGGAGGCCAUACGGUAUCUUGCUAUUGAGCGGCAGCACCAAGGUGGAAAAGACAGCCAAAGAGAAGCUCCUGACAGUACUCAGCGGGUCGCUCACCCCUCGCGAGCGAGGUGUUUUCAAGGUCAUCAAGCGCGUUGAUUUGGCGCUGGACGGCAAGGGGGCCGAUCCUGACGCCCUUGCAGGUGCAUUCUAUAAGAUGCUCGACCAGGAUAGAAUUGAGUACACCACUCCGAAGCCACCACCCCCUGCGACGGCAGUCGUGCCGCCUUUGGCAACGCCGCCGACAGCCACACCCGCCAAUCCACCAUUAGCAACAGCGGCCAAGCCCACCGCGCUACCACCCAACACUUCCAAACGAGAAAACUCGCGAAAAACCUCGUCAAUUGACUUGAACGCGGAGGACGAGUCACCUGAAGAGGACUUGCUUCCGGCCGCCGCUGUGGCGUUGGAAGUCGACCUUCGCACAGGCUCGCCGUCGCACAUUUAUGUCUUUGUUGAUUACCCAGCGUCCGUUGCCGAAGUGAAGAGCUUGGUCGCAUUCAAAGCUAGUCCUGAAAGCAUUGCAAUGAAACGGCCUCCAACCCUGACAUCGCUGAUCGACGGCGUCGUGCUAAUGACCGUAGCUUCAGCCAAAGACGAACCCCGGCGCCAAAGCAUCGUGAACUCUGCAGCCUUGGAGGCUGCAAAGGAUAUUGUGCAGGCUGCAGCAGCCCCUCCAGUUGCAGCUACGCCAGCCCCGAAGCCAGCGGCGGCGAAAGCAAAAGGAAAGAAAGAUUCGCUAGCACCACCAUCACAACCAGUUCCAGUUGUCGACGUUUCACCUGUCGUUGUGGCUGCCCCCCCUUCCGACUCACAUCAAUCAGCGAAUCUCGCGGACGUCGGGUGCGCACUCUGUGACAUCAAUCGGCUCUUCAAAGAGCUUCAAGCAGCUGGCCAAGUCGGUGGUUUGGAGUGGACAGACUUUUCAUUUGACGUGGUGGAUUGUGGAGAUGGCGUCGCAGGAGAGGCCAAGCCCUUGGCGAUGUUGACAAGAGAGCUCAAGACGCUACUGGCAAACUUGGCCGUCGACAAGCUCCUCUUCAAGACGUGGCUCUCGAGCAUUCAGAUCAUUCCUGUGCCAACGCAAGAUGCACUCCCCGAGAAACAAAUGGACGCGCUCAAACAAACUUACGCCGAUAUUCUGGAUGUGCUGUACGAGCCGAGCGUCGGCGUGUCCGCGAUCGUAUACGCCAUGACAGAGACCGUCGUCAAGUCGUUUGUCAAGCCCGCACAGCCUCCGCCACUUCCCACAUCCAGCAAAAAGAAAGCCGCACCUCCUGCAGGGGAGCCCAAAGAAUCGUCAGCGCUGUCACCUCUUCCAAAGCCCGUGGCCAACCCAACCGCGCAUUCGUUCCCACCAUUCAUUGAAUAUGGCGACGUGUCCAGCGUGCGUUUGGCCCGAGCUGUGUACCAAUACUCAUCCAAACAUCCCUUGAUGCGGUCGGGGGAGCCGCGGGUGCUGCUCGGUCGACCGCUGGAUGACUUGGAAAAGAGCUUGUGGCUCUUGAACGACUUACCUGGGGUGGGCCACGGAGGCCGCAAAGGGAUGCCGGUCGUGCCGACGAAAAGCUUUGUGGAACGAAGUAUCGAUGACACAGAGCUCAUGCAAUUUCACUCCCUGUCGAUAGCGGAUGUGCACUACACGCGGAAAAUGAUGGAAUUUGAGACCAUGCUCGGACCCAAGUGGCAAGGGAAGCUCCGAUCGAGGACUUUUCACGAGCAUCUGGCGCCACACGUACUGCCGCAACGACUGUCGGCACUGAUUGGUCUCAACGUGCGUUUGAUCAAGCGCUACUACGCCGCCGACGACACGCUGCUCUUGGCGGGGCACGUGGAAACGCCUCAAGGUCGCACAAGCAUUGCGUCCUGGAGUGCUGCCGACAGCGUCCGCCAUCGGCCACCGUUUAAGGAUUGGCGUCAGGAAAACCUGCUACCUGAGGCGUACUUGACACCGCGCACAGUACAAGCUCUCGGAGCAGUCGUGUCGCUCUCGAUGGGCGAGUUGCAAGCUGUCUCCGAGGUUGUGCACUCGUUGUACCCCUCCGACCACUCGAUCAUUCAAGUCCUUCGAACGCCUUACUCGUCCAGUUGGCUCAGCGUUUAUAAAGACAACCACGUCUUUGGGUUGCGACCGACCACGGCCCUUCCUGUCGCCACAGUUCGACCAGCAAAGCCAUCUCCACCGUUCCGGCGCGACUCCAAAGCCCCGAAACCUUCCGUCCAGUGGACAGACUUCCCCGCAACGUUCCACGCGAGCUUUAGCGACGACUCCCACCUUCGCAUUGGUCGUGGUCUAGGCAAGGCGAUCGUUUUAACGUACACAGUGCCGUCGGGACUCGUCCUCACCGUGUCGUCGGACGGAACGAUUCGCCAGCAAUACGCCAACUCAACGUCUCAUGCGGCCACCCCCAACAACCACGAAUCAAAUCGCGUCAUUCUCGGCAGAGGCACCGUCGUGAGCACUCGCAAAGACAAUUCGCAAGCGAUUUUGUAUGCCAGUGGACGCAUGGCCAAGAGGUCGUCCCCCACCGACACCUUUGUCACAGUCGACGAACAAGGGGUGGUCACGUGCGGCAAGAACCACGCGCCGCUUCCCAACGUUCCUGUCCAUAUUGACGUCGACCCAGAGACUCGAGCCGUCAUCGCGACCCGCGACGACGGGGUGAUCGUGGUCACGCAUCCCAAUGGAGCGUACUUGACACAGCACGACGAUGGCACACGCAUGUAUGGGAACGCUUCCAACAGUCAUGUGGUCGUUCAAAAGGAAGGGUAUGCAGAAGUCAGCGUCGACGUCGACGUGAAUGUCACGGCACAGCGUCAUGCAUUGGGAAUGAAAGUGGCCGUGACCAAGGGGGGGAUCCGCACGCGCAGCGUCAUUCGGACGGACGAUGGGACGGUGAUCGAGAUCGACUACGACACCCGCGUCAUUGCUUCCGUGAACGGGAUCAUCCGCGUUCGCAAGCCCGACGGCACAGUCGCCAUCGCGUCCGACAACGGCGUCGUCGAGUUUCGUCCCCGUGGCAUCAGUUUGGGCGACGCGCCGCCGACUCCACGCCGUGAAAACGAAGAAGAGAUGGACUCGUCGACGGGAGCUUACUACUUCAACUGCGCCACUGGGAGCCUGCAAAUGAACGACCACGAACACAAUGCGUACUCUGUGCUUGUGGGCGACGGCACGAUCGAGCCGCAGGUUCAAGUCGAGUUGGCGGGGGUCGUGACCAUCCAGGACUGUGCCAAUUACGGCGUGCCACCUCUACCCGUGAAGGCAGUGGUGAACAACCCACUUGAGCCGUUCCUUUUGUUUCUGCACGGCGACGGCACGGCGACGGAGAUUCUGCGCCCGUCCGAUGUAGUCGACUACUUUCAGCAAGUCCAGCGCAACCCCCACGUCCAACGCGUCACGAGCGAACCGCCGUCCAACACGCACAUUUACUUGCACCACUUGGACAGGUUCGAGCAGAACGAGCUGUGGUUCGCAGACCACAAAGAGCGGCAGCGUCUCCUCGAGUGUGUGACGAUUCCCGCGAGGGCGAGUCGGGGUGUUCGAAAACUGCUGCACAAUUCUGUCCCGCUGCAACUUCCACGUGUUCACAUUGUGCGGCACAUCAAGGAAGUCACCGUGUUGACGCCAGAACAGUUUACCGCGAUGCUGAACGCGUUGGACGCAUGGCGCGAGUGGUGCGCCAAGCGUGAGAUCGCUCAAGACCAGUAUGCCGUCUUCGACCCACGCGAUUCCGAAACAAUGGUAGCGACCAUGGCGGUGCAAAAGAAGAUUCAGGCUGCAUACAAAGCUGCUCGAGCGAAGAAAAAGGCCGAGCGGCAAAAGUCGAAAGAGCGCGAAAAGCACGAAGUCGCGGACGGUGACGGCAACAACAUGUCGACUCUCCAAGAGGUCGACAAUGAAGAAGAUGAAGAGGACGACUUGGACGAGGGGUACCGCGCGUUGGAUGAUAGCGACAACGACAGUCGGGACGAGCUGGAUUUCAACGUCGACGACGACUACGAGCUCACGUUGACGGCGUUUGGUCAAGCUGACACGGAGAACACCGGGCGCCUCAAUGCCGUGCAGACUCGGCGGGCGUUGGUGCAUGCCCUCGGCACGGGCGUCACCCAGGCCGAAGUGAACGCGGCGAUACAAAUGUUUACUGAAUGCGAAGACAGUCGAGUGACGUUCGAAGCAUUUUCCCGCAUGUUGAAUGCGUUCCGCGAAGACCAGGAUAUCACCGCCCUCGCUGACUUGACAACUCCGCGGUCCAUCUUGCCUCUAAAGCUCAAGUCACCACGAGCCAAAAUGCCAUCCCCCCGUGGCAAGGUCGGCGGGGGACCAUACGGGGCUUGAGUUCUCGCAAAAAUAAUCGAUAUUGUGUAUGCACAACGAC